AUGACACAUUCACCGAGCGCCGCCUCGACGGCCCUGAUAAGAAAGAGAUCUGGCACAGAGUUGAUGCCUGCGCCGCCGCCAGUCAAGAAAAUCAAACGACCAAACAAAACCUUGGACGAGGAUUCUUACACCGAAGCCCUUUCAAAGAUCAUAUCAAGGGACUUCUUUCCCGGACUGUUGGAAACCCAAGUACAGCACGAGUAUCUGAAUGCUCUUGAAUCCAAGGAUGCCGCGUGGAUAUCAAGCGCCAGUCGGCGGCUCCGCCACGUCAUGACGCCGGGAAGACACGCAAGAUCUGCAUCGGCCAAGCCCCUUGACGACUGCGGGCGAACUCCCACCACCUUUGUUGGAGAAACGCCAGCCUCGGCCGCCCCGUCCACCGUCUCCGCGCAACCUCGGCUCGACACCAACGUGAGCCUAUCCGAAUUCCAAGAGAUGUACACAAGCGAGGACAAUGAGAGCUUCUACAAGCUUCUCGACAGACAGAAUCAAAAAAGGGCCGACAAGUAUGCGUGGCUGUGGGCAGGAAACAAACUCUGGUCCAAGAUGAUGAUUAAACAGCAGCAAGUGUGCGACAAGCUUGCCGAGACCCGAAGCCUCGUGGAUGACGGGUUCAAGCGGGACAGGCUGGCUAUCAGGGACCGUGACGAGCGCCCAGCAAGGCCCGAUGCCUGGAAUGCGGCCCCGAAAAAUGCCCUCAUGUUUCAGCCCCAAGGACUGGAUGACGGGGUCGUCACCAUGGCCCAGAGUGCAGAGGACGCCUCCCGCAUGGCUCCCAAGUCGGUCGUGUACGCGAAUACUAGAAGGCCGCAGCCUCACUUGCCUCGGAAGUCUCCGCCCCGCACCAUGUCGGCGAUUCGAGACGCCAUUGCUGGCAAGCCUCGGCAGAGCGACCUUGAUUCCACCGCGAUUGGCGGGGACGAAACCCCCAAGGUGAACGGAUACACCUUUGUCGAUGAUGAGGACGACGAGCCAGAGGCCAAGACGCCCUCUACAAUCAUCAACCUGGGUCCCGGGGACACGCACAACCCCUUCAAAGUGCAGGAGCAGCGGAAGAGAGAGCUCUUACACGAGCGCAUGGUUGACCGGAUAGCAAAGUCCAACAAGGAGUCGGCCCGGCACGGCUUCACCGGCAAGGCCCCGACUGCGCAAGUGCCGAAAUUCUCGAGCAGCCCCAGAGUGUCGGCCGACCUAACGCCGGCGGCUCAAAGACUCUGGAGUCAGUUGGCGACGCCGAAAAAGAAGACAACCGGCAGCUCUUUCGGCCAAACCACCCCUAUGCGCCCUAGAGGAUCUCUUUUAAAGAGUGUUAGCCGGCCGGGCUUUAAGCAUUGA